UGUCUGUUGAACCUUCUUAAACUUUUGAAAUUUGUGUUAUUUACGCGACAAUAGUGCUUGUUAAAGUUUGAUCCCAAUAUCAACUUCGCCAUUGUAGCCGUUGUCGGGAAUCCUGUGCAAGAAUUUCUGGUACUCCUCAGGUCGUUGGUCGAGCUCACCGUGGAGUGAAAGGCAGUACCGAACCUGCGUCGCUAAGUACAGAUAAUCUCCAAAAAUGGCGGCGUUCGUUGCGAAGCAGAUGGUGGGGAACAAAUUAAACGCCGUUAAAGGAGCGGUCGGUGGCGAUGACGACGGCGACGACAAAGAAAAGGAGGAGGAGGCCGAGCGGGAGCGGCUGGAAGCCAUCCGCGAGGCUGAGGAGCGACGAAAGGAAAAACACAGGAAAAUGGAGGAAGAAAGGGAAAAGAUGAGACAAGAAAUCAGGGACAAGUACAAUAUCAAAAAGAAAGAGGAAGUUGUAGAACCGGUACAAGAAGAACCAAACCCUCUCAUGCGUAAAAAGAAAACACCCGAAGAACUUGCGCGGGAAGCAGAAGAGGCGGACGAGGACGAGUUCACAAAGUUGAAGAACACGAUAGAGACACAAGUAAACGAACUCAAGUCACAAAUAGAGAGUAAAUGUGUUAUGCAAUGAAUUGCGGGAACAUCCACGAGGCGAUUUCUGCGGGCCGUCUUCUAGAACGUCACAGAAAAAUUCAAUAAAAUAAUUUUAAGAGCAACUCAAUUAGUUAGGUGCCGUAUAUAAGUUAAGUAGGCGUGUUACCUGUGAUCAAAAAUAACGCCCUAUCAUCGGUGGAGAAAUCAGGGCGCGUCCAAAAAUUUUGCUAGGAAAAAAGGGUGUAAAAAACAAAAAAAUGAAUCGAUUUGCCUUACCGGUCCAGGACCUCGCGCCGGUUCCUCCGCCGAUGGCGCCUCUCAGCGACUUUAUUUAAUUGGAAGAAUGACAAAGCCGUGCAGGAAUAAGCCCCGCUAAACACACACAACAAAAGAGACUGCGAUAAACAAUUAACAAAUAACAAAAAUAUUAUGAUGACAUUAGAUACCGAUGCACUGUUGUCAUAAUACUUUUGUAGUAGUGUAAUCAAUUGUUACCAACUUUUUGUAGAUAGACGAUAGUUUAAACCUAUUUUUUUGUAUGGUCAAAAAUUGUGCAUAACGAAACAUGUUCUUUUGUUUCCUAAGGACGCAUGUAGUAUUUUAAGACGUAAUGAGGAAUGUUCGAGGCUUUUUAAACAAUCACUCACCGUUUUUCCGAUGAUACUCUUCACUCUUCUCGUCCUCCAGCACAUCACACCGUGAUUGGUCAUCCAAAUUCCUUAUAUUUCGCCUUUGAUGUUCCCGAGUCCGUCGAGAGCGCUGGCGCUCCGAGCGCAGGAGAAAAACAAACUUUUUUACCAAAGAAAAGCUCCAGGUCCUGUCGACGGGCUCGAUUGCGAUCUUUGUUUCUUGCGCUUGCUGUACUACUCGGGCUCUGUCUCUUGCGAUAUAUUUUGUGAAAUUAGCACAUCUAGACGACAAUCUGCCGAAGAAACAAAAAUUGACGUCAGUGGUCUAUGGCAACCGCUUUUGUUUCGGUGUAGCAUGUCAUUUGAUAAUUGUUCGUUGUUCAUUGUUGUUGUCUCUGUCUCUUUGUGGAACUCUCUUCCUGUACCAUUCUCUUCGACUCAAAAUGACCAAGUUCGUAACACCAGGAUAAUAAUGAAUUCCCGACGACUUCAGCCGUUAUUUUGUACAAUAAUUAAAGACGCGCUUCGUUUCCUACUAGGAUGGGCUCGACUGGAGCGAAAAACAGAUCUCUCUAUCGUUUGGUUUGUGAUUUAUUACUUGUAUUGUUGUGUAGACGCACCGCUUCACCCUUUCACCACUAACUAGACUCGAAAUGGCGAGUCGGUUCGGAUUUCACUCAUCGCUGAUGAGUCAAAUCGGAAACGAGCGACUGUUCUGUUUGAUUGUACCGUUUUCUGUUUAUUUUCUUAUGUGUCAGUCUGGUCGGCGCCUUCACGAUCCUGUUGUCUAUGUGUCAAUUAAUUCUAUAUAUCAUUCUCUAGUAGGAAGUAGCGUAAUCUAUGUCUAUCUUAACUCUAGUUGGGGGUAGAGUCUAGACUGUAUCGAUGUAUUUAAUACUAUAGGUGUCGUUGCUCAAAUGUGUCUUUUUGGCAAAACGCAAUGUUCAAUGUGGAAUUUGGGUGAAAUCAACGUGAAAUCUCUACAUUUAUAAAACUAACAAGAUAUAUGAAUAUACACACGCAAAUGCAAGACAAUGCAAACACGUACUCUCAGUAGGAUUUUGUACAUUUUAGAAUACUCUCAAAUUGUUGACCCGGUUGUCAAGGUUUUUUCGCGUUCGGCCGGCCCUUGCCGCCGAAGCAUUGUUCCUACUUUGUCUGUUGUUGGUUAUUACGGUUCUCCUCACAACAUAAGCAAUGUAGUACGACUUAGUCUGGUGUGUGAUAAUAUUAUAAGUGUAUGUUUUUUGUCUUUUGUAUUGUUACAACCGUGAAAGUCUUGAUGUUGGCACACUGCCGACACCGCGCCGAAUUCCGUGUACUCAAGACAAGUUUGUGACGAUUGCGUUUGUUAAUAUCUAAAUUCUAGAGACAACGACACGUAUAUUUAAAUGAUAAAAGGAAUCUGUAAUUUCUUAUCUAAGGAUGGCGGAAACGCGGACGGACGGAACGCCGGCCGAGCCGUGCGUCCGCGUCUCGGCGAGGCUUCUGCUUAAGUGACGUAUUUAAAUAAAAGCUAGUGAUAAAUUUAUGCAAAACUGAAAAAUCGUUAAAGAAAUGAUCAAUGUUGUAUUGUUAUUACCAAAAAUGAUAUUCGCAGGUAUAUAUUAUCAUGUAUUGUAGAUAUUGUUGUUGAUUCGAAGAUUAUUUAGUUCGACAUGAGCUUUCAACCAAUUACCUACAACAAAUUACCCGGGUUUAUGUUGUGGUUAACGCUUUUUUACAAUAAUCAUUCUUCCGUAAUUUUGUUGUAGGCCGAUUCGUAAAGCUGAAUGUAGUCAAAAACUUUUGUAUUUAUACACUUAUUAACAGUAAUUGUUUCAUGAGCCAUGAAACAACACGUUUGUAGUUGCCUGAGUACCUAUAGUUAGUAAGGGCUGUUCACGUUGUUAUAUAAUAAUAUUAUUAAUAAGUCUUAGUCGAUCGACUUGAUUGUUGUUAGUUGUAAAACCACCUGCAACGUUAUUGUGAAAAGAAGGACUUAAUAAAAUAUUACAGUUUACAAA